UCAUUGUGGAUAAGGCUUGCUUCGCCCUCCCCUUCGCCAUGGAAGAGCUGACCGCCUUCGUCUCCAAGUCCUUCGACCAGAAGAGCAAGGAGAGCAGCGGCGGCGGCGGCGGCGGCGGAGGCGGCGGCGGGGGCGGCGGGGGUGGUGGCGGCGGCGGCGGGGGCCCGGGCGGCAAGAAGGACACCAUCACCUACCGGGAAGUUUUGGAGAGCGGGCUGGCGCGCUCGCGGGAGCUGGGCAGCGCCGACGGCCCCAGCCUGCAGGAGCUGGCCGAGAGCGGCGCCCACUGCCCCGUGCACCUCUUCAAGGAGCACGCCGAGAGCGACAAGGACAAGCUGAAGGACUUCAACCACGCCGCCAGGACCGCCGAAGGGCUGUACGAGUGCAAAGACAAGCGGGAGGACGUGAAAUCCGAAGACGAGGACGGCCAGACCAAACUGAAGCAGAGGCGAAGCCGAACCAACUUCACACUGGAGCAGCUGAACGAGCUAGAGAGGCUCUUCGACGAGACGCACUACCCGGACGCCUUCAUGCGGGAGGAGCUGAGCCAGCGGCUGGGGCUGUCUGAAGCCAGGGUCCAGGUUUGGUUCCAGAACAGAAGAGCCAAAUGCCGAAAGCAAGAAAACCAGAUGCACAAAGGGGUGAUCCUGGGGACCGCCAGCCACUUAGACGCCUGCCGGGUGGCGCCCUACGUCAACAUGGGCGCGCUGCGGAUGCCUUUCCAGCAGGUAGUCCAAGCUCAACUGCAGCUGGAAGGAGUCACCCAUGCACACCCUCACCUCCACCCUCACCUGGCUGCGCAUGCCCCUUACCUGAUGUUCCCUCCUCCCCCUUUUGGACUCCCAAUUGCCUCCUUGGCAGAUUCUGCCUCUGCAGCUGCCGUGGUGGCUGCAGCUGCAAAGAGCAACAGCAAAAACUCAAGUAUUGCGGAUUUGAGGCUGAAGGCCAGGAAACAUGCAGAGGCCCUGGGGCUUUGACAUUUCCUUCCCAGAUGCCUGUUCGUUGCUAAGGAUGGACAGAUAACUCUCCCUCCUCGUUUCCUUUAGCCCAUCUCCAAACUUGGCUGGGAUCUGGACAGUUGUUACUUCUUAAAAGGCCUGUCAGUACUUCUAGAGAUGAUCCACGCUGGCCAGUCCUUCCCCACUCCUUCCUUUCAGCAACUUAUUCCGUUGACCUGAGGAUGGAAGGACUCAUCCAACUUGCUGUCUCAUUGUUCAAAGGGCACUUUGUUCAAAGGACACUUUGUGCUAAUGAUUAAACUGUUCUGUUGCCACCUGAUGAAUAUUGCUAGGGUGAGAACAUCCUGAAUCCCAACAAUAUGGGUUGGUUUAAAACAAAAAUCCAGACAACUUUUUUUGGGAAAGCUGGUGAGGGAGAAAACCCACCAACUCAUGUGAAAUCUGUGACUCUUGGAACACUUGGAGUUUGACCCUGGCCAAAGUGAUCAUCCUGUCAGCCCGACACUGUCUGCUGCUGCCAGUUUUGCUAUUUUGUGCAUGUGCCUAACUUUAAACACCAUUUGAAAAAUCACCAAUUACAUUGAAACAUGAAAGCUUAAAAAGUAUCCUUGGGGCUGGUCUCCAUUAAGAUGAUGUUUCUUUCUUUGUUGCCAACAGUAUUAUUUCAAUCCCAUGAAUUUCUUCCAUCACCGUGGACUGCUGCUGCUACCGCUGCUGCAGAACUGGUUUGAAUUUAAAUGUGGAAUUUCAGAUCUGAGACAAGGCAGUUUUCUUCUUUAAACAAAGCAGCAAUAACACAAAAAUGUGUCCAAAAGGCUACAUCUUUCACAUGGAAUGAACAACAGCAAAAGGGUGUGUGGAAGGAGAGAGAGACCCAAAUGUGUGGUAAUGGGGACACUUAUGAACACAUCUGUUUUAUUAAGAACCAUCUGAAUCAGCCAAGAUGCUCGUGCCAUAUGAACAGGUUUAUUUCAUCACUUUUGUUUCCAAAUGUCUGCAUCUCUCAAUGGAAAACCAUGCUGGUUUUACAUGAUCUAGAAUGGUUGAUUUAUCUGUCUAAGAUGGACACACACAUUUAAAGGCAUAAUACUGAUGCAGCAUUAAUUUUAGUGAAAUGCAAUUAAGUGCAGUAAAGUGCAAUACUGUAUAUAUUAUAGAUUAAAAGGAAAAAAAAUAGCUGCACAUUCUUAUUUUGUUCAUAGCCAACUCUGUAGGAACUGUAAUCCGGUCCUAUGUGCUCAGACUCGGGAAUUGCUGUUUUGUUGCCAAAAUAAUAUAGUUCUGAGCCUUCUACAGAUUGGUAAAUAAAUAUGAAUUACGUAUAUAAAAGUGAAAAUACCAUGAUUUUGAAUCCAGUUUGUGUGCCAUAUUUCUGGGACUAAGCUCAAAAGUCUGUAUUGUUAUUAUUAUUUGGCAAUUGUUUUCCAGUAAUGAAACAACAACCAAGUCAGUAUCAUAUAGAGGGGGACAAGUUCAGUGGCUGAGAUUUUUUUAAAAAUGUACAAAUUUUGUUCACAUUGCUCAUGUCAGUUCAUUUCAAGUACAUCAGAUAGUUUGAUUUACUAGUACUUCUGAAAACGGGAGAAAAUUCUUUGAACUAAAAUUACCAAAGUGUCUGGGUUGAUUACACCCGUCUCCCUCACUUUUAUGUAAAUUCCUUUAGAUCAAUGUAUUAACCGGUGAUUCUUCUGAAAAAACAAACAAAAACAACUGGUCUUGUCAACUUCUGCCACUCAGUUUAUGCCUUUAGCAAGGCCUCAUUAAUGAAUUCUUUGCCUCUCUAGCAGCGUCAUAAAGUCACUCAGCCUGUUGCAUUUCCCUCCAUUGUAUUUUUGUUUUUCUAAAAGAGAUCUGUUUGCAGUCUGAGAUGUUUGCUAACUAUGAUCAGUGUCCACAGGACAAAAAACAGUUCACUGCAUUUUAAAAAAUAUAUUUGCAAUUCCUGCUCCCUCUUUCCAGUGUCGGUAUUUUCCAGCCAACAUGUAACCUCAUUGUCGGGAUUGUACCCCGUCUUUCUCCACAUAUUUAUUUUGUGUAAAGUGAUUUUAUUUUGGACAUGUUUAAAGAUUGAUACAUGA